CUGUGCAGCAGGGCGAUUGUGGAUGUGGUUAAACUUGUAUAGCUCGGGCUCUGUCUGUGCAGCAGGGCGAUUGUGGAUGUGGUUAAACUUGUAUAGCUCUGGCUCUGUCUGUGCAGCAGGGCGAUUGUGGAUGUGGUUAAAUUUGUAUAGCUCGGGCUCUCUCUGUGUAGCAGGGCGACUGAGGAUGUGGUUAAACAUGUAUAGCUCGUUUUGUCUCUGCAGCAGGACGAAUGUGGAUGUGGUUAAACUUGUAUACCUCGGUCUGUCUGUGUAGCAGGGCGAUUGUGGAUGUGGUUAAACUUGUAUAGCUCGGGCUCUGUCUGUGUAGCAGGGCGAUUGUGGAUAUGGUGAAACAUGCGUCACUUGAGAUGUGACCUGCCUCAUCAAAUAGUUGACAAAUAUACUUAUAGUCCUAAUUUGUAUUCAUUUGUUUUUGUAAUUUAGGUCAUAAAUGGUUUUUAAUUCUUGUUAAGAUCACCCUGUUGGCUAAUAUUAAUAUAUGCACGCUAAAGAAUGAUAACUGGGCAUCCUAAGCUGGCGACAUGUAGCUUACUUCACUUGUUUUUAAUGAUACCAUAUCUUUACAUAUUAUCUGAACCCUAACGCUUACUAUUGGCUGAGGAUAUUUCUUGUUUGAAUGGAGAUAAAAACAUUGGCACUUGACAUUCGGAACAAUAUGUCAUUGCAUUUCCUACCAGAACAAACAUGUCAAUUCACUUUAUGCAACCUGCUGUCUUUGUUUUGAUGACAUCUGUAAGUCCAAAUAACUAUAAUUUUUGUGCUUCAGUACUACUCGCAUUGUAAACUAUUUGCGUCCAUUCACAAUAGUUGUGCAUAUGGGAUGUAAUCUUUUACGUCCAGCAAAACCUUCUUCGUAAAAUGUUUCAAGUAAGGGAUAAAGAUGACGACAAUGAGAAUCACGAGCUACGCCCAGUUUAAUUGUGGAACGCAUCGAGACAUACAUUGUGUGUAUCACAAGCUAUUAAGUGAAGUAAGUAUGGUUUAUGCAUUUUAUGUACACUCACAAAGAAAUUAGGAAUAAAACCAGUUCAUGGUUUUACAUCAUCAAACCAACAGAGUUGUGUUUACAUUACGGCCCAGCUGAAUUAGACGGAGACGGUGUGUGUUACCAUCACCACAUGUCGUUACUGCUGUUAAAUACUCCACACAAAACGCAUGAUAUGAGUAGUUCAAAGCGGGUUCAGUUCUAUCGCAUGUCAAGCUCAGCAGUAUCCAAGAUCACAAGUUAUUUGCCAACGAGCCCGAAAGAUAAGUGACUCAUCAAAUGCGUUAAUGAAAGUUGGAAACUAAAUAAUGUAAGUGUUACUUGAAUAUGUGUAUUGAACGAUGUCUUAAAUAUGAACAGAUUAUGGAGUUUAAUGAAUGACCAUAUGAAUGAGUUUAGUAAAAUAAGUGUUACAUAGGAACUUUAAUGGUCUAUUAUCUGUCGUUGCGUCAUAUAUGAUAACCGCCUUUUCUGUCAAUAAACAUGUUUAUUUCAUGUUUAUGUCACUCAGUUACGAUUGAAAUGUCCACAUAACGUCAUGUUUCCAGGGCACAAUACGAAAUAAGCAGCGUCUUCUAGAGGCAUCAUCUACAUGCUAGGGCGUGGCGUCGUCUACUGUGACUUCAACAAUGGCCAUAGCACUACGUCAGCAAUGUGAUGCACAAAAGGAAAAACUUUGGGCCUUUUCGAUGGACAGAGCCAGAUUAUGUGAACCUAGUAUGAAGGCACAUACACAGUGGGCAUCACCGGUGUUGAAGUCAUGCUGAAGAAGAAUCAUGUGUUCCUCACCGCUGUGUUUGUGGGGACUGGACUCCUUGUCUUCACUACCUGGGAACCUGAGCAGUUCAUGGUCAUCCUGCACGCAGGCUAUUCGAACUUCACUUAUCACUUUUCUCUCCACCCAAAAGGCUCACAGACCGAGUGCAAAAACGUUUUGGACGAAAUGGUGCGAGGAACGUGGACACCGAGGAGCGUGACGUUUGAAGAAAGAGAGAAAGUUGAAAAAUUCUUGAUUACAUCCAGAGGAAAGUAUUUUGUACCAACAACCUUGGCACGCCCUGAUGGUGUUUGUGGAAAUACAACUUUUGACUUUCUGAAAGGCCUACAACACCAGGCUCUGUGGUUCCGACCCCUGUGUGAUCCCUUUGGUCCCACACCAUGUUGCUAUAACAAUAAGUGCGUGUAUAAGACAGUGAAGGAAUGUAUGUGUGAGAACUGUUUUGACAUGCGCAGGCCUAUUAAUGCUGAACUUGCUGAUUGGAAACCAUCCAGCCCCAAUUGUCAGAUCUCAAUGUUGAACAAAGAUGAAGCGUGUGAACUAAUUAAAGGGGCUACUAUCUACUACAUCGGGGACUCGUUCUUGAGGCAGAUGUACACCGUGACUGUCCACCUCCUCACUGGCAACUAUAAGGACUCCACGCUAAAGUCUACAACACCAACAGGGUGGCGGGAGUACUGUUCAGGCUGGAUGCAGCUGCUGUGCGACUCCUACUUAAACUACGCCGCUCCCGUGUGUGGCGGCCAGACCAACGUCAUCCAUGUUGAACUCAUCACACACAAUCAAGGCCCAAGAUUACUCAGCUUACUGAAAAGUAAAAAGAACCAGAAGUCUAUUUUCUUUGUGGGCAUUGGUAUCCACGGGACCUAUCAUGAACAGCUGGUCUGGAAGAACUUUCUUUCUCCAUCAAUCAACCUUCUACACGAAAACGCAAGAAAUAAGACAGCAUGGCCGAAACUGGUGUGGGUUUCCCCCCACGCUCCCGGAAUACUGAAAACACCACGGGUUCCAGGCCAGAGUUACAGCAGCGUUGUCAGAUAUAACGCCUUCAUCAACAGCCAUGUCAGAGCAGCUGGGAUACCAAUACUGGACACCUUCAACAUGACAGACGGCAUCAUGAGCUACGAUGGGGCACACUACGGGUUCGGAAUUAAUAUGAUCAAAUCUCAGAUUGUGUUUAACUACCUUACACAUCUGCGGGCACAUGGCAUAUGGUGACUCAGCAUGAGAAAGUGUGAGUGUGUGCCGGCACGUGGCAUGUGAUGCAUAUUUAAGCAAUAGUUGUACAUUGAGGGAUGGGGUGGGUGAGUUAGAAAGUCCUAUUUCCUUUUUUUAUUUUAUAUACUUAUAUCUUUUCAUUUGUUUGUACCAACUAUGAUAAUAGACCUUUUAUAAUUUUAAUGUAAUUGGGCAUCUAAAAUUAAGCUGUAUUUGUAUAGGUUUGGUUUUGUGUAUAUUUAGAGGAGUCAGGGUGCCGAUUUGUCUAAAUUGUUUAUUUCUGAAUUUGACGUAAGACGUUUGGAAUUAUGAACAGGACUAUCACACUCAGCCAAUGUUGGAAGCUCAAAGAUGCAACAUUAUGAUCUUUUUAAAUCAACCUCCACUGUGAUAUAUUAUCUAUCAGUUGCCAAUUUUGAUAAAUUUGGAUCGACAAUGGCUAGAUUCCGCUGUAGCUCACAUGCUUUACCCGAGUGAGUAAGUUAAUAUCUAAUGUCAAAUCGGCAGUAUUUCAGCCAUGUAGUAGCGAGCGUGCUUUACCUAUGGAAGCUAAAUUUAACAUUUGAAACCUCACGCUGCGCGUUCGGUUCCAAAUUCAAUUUAGCGAGGUUAAAUCUACAGGUAACCUAGCUCUACAUUGAAAACACAGUAUGUUUAUCUCCUAAUUAGAAAAUGGUAACAGAUAGGAAUAAACCAAACCGUUGAUAGCUGCAAUGAGGUAGUUACAUUACAUACACAACGUUCGUGGGAGAGAACUAUUACUUCCAAAGGAAUUAAAUUAAAAGAGAAAGGACAUUUCACAUUUGUCACAUGAGUAUCCUAGACAUUUCAUAUUGAUCGUUAUCACUGAAACCAUGCAUCACCCUCACUGAAACCAUGCAUCACCCUCACUGAAACCAUGCAUUACCCUCAAUGAAACCACGCAUCACCCUCACAGAAACCAUGCACCACUUCACCGAAACCAUGCAGUACUUCACCGAAACCAUGCUGUACUUCACCGAAACCAUGCAGCAUUUCACAGGAACCAUGCAUAACCCUCACCGAAACCAUGCAUCACCCUCACAGAAACCACGCAUCACUCUCACAGAAACCACGCAUCACCCUCACAGAAACCAUGCACCACUUCACCGAAACCAUGAAUCACCCUCACCGAAACCAUGCAUCACCCUCACAGAAACCACGCAUCACUCUCACAGAAACCACGCAUCACCCUCACCUUUCAUAUUGAUCAUUGGAUUGGUUCCAUGUUAUCGUUAUCACUGAAACCAUGCAUCACCCUCACAGAAACCACGCAUCACUCUCACAGAAUCCAUGCAUCAACCUUGCUGAAACCACGCAUCACCCUCACAGAAACCACGCAUCACCCUGACUGAAACAAUGCAUCACCCUCACUGAAACCACGCAUCACCCUCACAGAAACCAAACAUCACCCUCACAGAAACCACGCAUCACCCUCACUGAAACCACGCAUCACCCUCACAGAAACCAUGCAGCACUUCACUAAAACCACGCAUCACCCUCACUGAAACCAAACAUCACCUUCACAGAAACCAUGCA